CACCGGCGUAUUAUUCAGCUCUUCGCUGCCGACUCUUCUUCGUAUAGCUAGACGUUUCGUUUCCAAACUGUCACUCCGACUAGGAUAUAGAGCUCUCUGCUCAAGUUCCUCAUCUUUGAGACCGACCAGAUCUCCGAGCUCAAAGUUUCCAUUCAAAAGGACGAUUCAUACCUCUAGUCCUCCUCCACCCUCUCAAACCAGAUCCAUCUACACGACCCCUCUUCCUCUGCCUUCUUCCUCUGAUACUUACAACGACAGCAAGAACUCCAAGAUGACACACGUGCCUGUUCAUGUGGAAGUUAAGGAGCCCAAAGCUGGAGGCGAGAAGAGCAAGAAGAUGCAUUCUCAGGUUGUGAUCAUUGGCUCAGGACCUGCCGGGCAUACUGCUGCCAUCUACUUGGCUCGAGCGAAUCUGAACCCGGUUCUGUAUGAGGGUAUGCUGGCGAAUGGGUUCGCUCCGGGAGGUCAACUGACCACCACCACGGAUGUCGAGAACUUUCCUGGAUUCCCCGAUGGUGUCCGUGGGCCUGAAAUGAUGGACAAGUUCAGGUUGCAGAGCGAACGUUUUGGCACAAAGAUCAUCACAGAGACCAUCGUCCGCGUCGAUCUCUCUCAAAGACCGUUCAAAUACUGGACAGAGGGUGAAGAGGAGGAACAGGACUUUAUGACUGCCGAUACGAUUAUUCUCGCAACAGGAGCUUCUGCUAAGCGCCUCAACCUUCCUGGAGAAGACACUUACUGGAACUCUGGUAUCUCCGCGUGUGCGGUCUGUGAUGGAGCUGCCCCGAUAUUUAGGAACAAGCCCAUCGCCGUGAUUGGAGGCGGUGACUCUGCAGCUGAGGAAGCGACUUAUUUGACAAAGUAUGGUUCUCAUGUUUAUGUGCUCGUCAGGAGAGACGAAUUGAGAGCGAGUAAAAUCAUGGCUAAGCGAGUGACGACCCAUCCGAAAGUCACAGUCUUGUGGAACACCGUGGCUGUCGAGACCAAAGGUGACGGAGACCUCUUACAAAGUCUCGUCGUCAAGAAUGUCAAGACUGGUGAGACCAAGGAUCUCCCUGUCAAUGGGCUGUUCUACGCUAUCGGCCAUGAACCCGCCACGGCUCUGGUGAAGACUCAGGUCCAAGUUGAUGAAGAUGGCUACAUCCAGACUGUUCCCGGAACUGCCCAGACCUCCAUCAAGGGUGUUUUCGCAGCUGGGGACGUCCAGGACAAGCGUUAUAGACAAGCCAUCACCAGCGCAGGAUCAGGCUGUAUGGCGGCUCUUGAAGCGGAGAGGCUGAUCUCGGAGGAAGAGGCGGAGGACGAGAACAUUCCGACUGAUAAAGUCCACGUCCCGACAGAGGGCUAUAUGGGAGCAGACAAAGAAUAGACAAUGAAUAGGAG